CCAUUUUAUGUAAAAUCCUUCAUCACUGCGUGGCCGAACAGCCUAGUAUCAUAAGUUACACAGCGAUUGGAUAUUGUCACGAGUUCCCGCAGUCUAGCCCCCUGUGGGGCAUGCACCUCGGUUGCCACGCACAGACCCCUUGACUUCCUUAUAAAAAUAUUAUAUUGUUCAGCCAUUGGACCAAGCUUUCGGUCAGCCCUCACUUGGAUCUGCAAAACACCCAAGUUCUCGCUUUAGGUGUCAUCGUGAUCCUUAUUCACUACCAUGGGUGUGUCACAAAGCUCAACGGCAGGCGUCUCAGUUCUAAUACUGGCGUCCCUCUAUCUCCUGCAAGCGCAUCGCCGAAGACAACGAACAACAGACAUACGAGGACCUCAGAGCCCAAGUUGGAUGUGGGGCUUCUCCAAGAUAUUGCUAGAUCCUGCCAUAGCCACUGAACUGUAUGAACGUUGGGCCGAUGAGUACGGUCCAGUAUACAAAAUCCCCCUUGUCUUGGGAGAGUCUAGGGUCUUACUGUGGGACCCAAAAGCCAUCUCUCAUUUCUUUGCAAAAGAUACUUGGUUGUAUAACCAAACUCCAUUCAACAAGAUCGCUGGUGAACUAACCGUUGGACGAGGAAUUCUGUGGGCCGACGGUGAAGGUCACAAAAGGCAGCGUAGGGCUCUCAACCCUGCCUUUAGCGCAGCUGCCAUCCGCAACUUGACGUCUGUGUUCCAAGAUGCCGCUCACAAGGCAGUGAUCGCUUGGGACGCUGAGAUAGGAUCGAACCAAGGAACUCAUGACGCUGUGAUUGAUGCUCAACAAUGGAUGAAUCACAUCUCACUCGAUAGUGUGGGCAUAGCCGUUCUGUCCCAUGACUUCGGCACACUCAAUGGAACUCACUCCGAGAUCGCGGACGUCCUGAACGCGUUUGGUUUGUCUGGAAACGCUGCCCACAGCUUGGUCAUUCUGGCACAAAAUUUUCCUUCCAUCCUGAAGCUACCAUUGCCUCGCACACAGUUCGCCCAGAAGCUGAAUUUGAUCAUCGGCAAAAUAUGCGAGGAGAUGUUAUCGCGGUCGCGCAAGGAAACAGAGACUGGUGGCGCUACGCAGGGGGACAAAUCAUGUUUGGGUUUGCUCCUGAAAGCGGAGGGCGCGAGAUUGACACAUCAAGAAGUAUUAGACGAAGCCAGGGCCCUACUCCUCGCCGGAUUUGAGACCACUUCAAGUAAUUGGGCUUUGGUGGAACUUGCGCGGAAUCCAGAUAUACAGACGAAGCUUCGCAACGAGUGUCUAGAGUUCGGGGCAACCCCAUCGUAUGACGACCUCACGAAUAAGCUUCCCUACCUGGACGCUACAGUCAACGAAGUUCUUCGCCUGCACGCACCAGCCAAGGAAAUUCCACGAUCGGCUAUGCAAGAUGACGUGAUCCCGCUCAGCCAGCCCUUGCGCACGGCUGACGGAAAUUAUACUGACAGUGUAUGCAUCCCAAAGGGGACAGUGGUCGUAAUCCCGCUUGUCGCACUCAAUUGCUCAGUUAGCAUGUGGGGGCCUGACGCAAAGGCGUUCAAACCUUCCCGAUGGCUCGAAGAGGACAUGGGCACGCACGGUAAAGAAGCACUGCAUGGCUAUCGUCAUCUAAUGACAUUCGGUGAUGGCGCGCGGAUCUGCCUAGGGAAGGUAUUUGCAUUGACAGAGUUCAAGGCCGUGAUGUUCACCCUGGUGCGAAACUUUGUGUUUGAGAUGGAAAGCCCUGGGAUGAAGAUAGUGGAGAGUUUUGGGCCUAUAGCAAGACCGGGGAUAGCUGGGAGUGCUGAUCCUGAACGUGUGCCCCUUCGGGUGCGCCGCUAUGAAGUUUGA